AGGGUAUUUCCCAUCAGAUGAUGCAGGAAGUCGGCAGCUGAAAUGUUUUGUGGCAGUCCGUGUUUAUAAAGGACGUUUCAAACCUUAUCUGGAUAAACAACAACACGCAGAUUGUGCUCGUGGAUGGAAGUGGAGAGAGCCAGAGAGAUGGGUCCUGAGAGAAUCUUCCCGAAUGCAGAGGAGGAGCUGGGGCACGAACGGCCGCUCGAGGGGGGAGGGGAGUGGAGCGAAGAGGAACUGGAGGAGGAGGUGGGUGUGGAGGUGGAUGAGGAAGAAGGAGCAGCAGGAGGAGGCUACUACUACCAGCCCCUGAACCAGGACCCCGACUCAGGUCAGCACGCUCUCAGCCAGCCUGCCCAGCUCGAAGACACAGAGACCCAGGUGCAAGUCAUACAGGAGAGGAUUCAGGCAAUGGGGCUACACCUCCCCCAGCCUCCUCCUCCAGACAGUGAUGAAGAGGAGGACCUGGAGGAAGCUGUCACCAAGAGCAGCCACAGCUCCAUCCCUAUGGACCCCGACCAUGUGGAGCUGGUGAAGAGGACGAUGUCUGCGAUUAAUCUCCCCUUGCUGGGCAUCCCAUCCUGGGCCAGAGAGAUCUCUGAUGACCAGUGGAAGGAUAUGGUUCAGCAGACCAUCGAAUCCCGGCAACCUGCAUCAGCCUUGAAGCUGGAGAGAAAGUGAGGGCCAGUGUGGGUAAACAGGCUUCUCCAUUCAAACGGGUUCCUGGGGCAUACUGCAGUUCAUAAUAAGAAAGAAUCUGACAUCAGAUUCCCAAUUCGGGCCAGCUUCUCUUAUUCCAGUUUUGAAUCACAAUAAUGUGAUGGUGUGUUACAGUAAAACACAAUAAAAGCCAUUGCUUUGUUUUUUUUUUUUUUUUAUGUAUUCCCCUCCAUGAUUGUAAAAUGUAUUUUUGAUGUAAAUGUAUGUUUGUCUCUAGGAUUAAUGUAAUAGCCGAAUCCUAAUUUCUGUCAGCAUCCUUUUCAUAUUCCAGUAAAAGAAUGUAGACUUACUAUAGCUUCUAAUCAUAACACCACAGGAUGUUUUUCUUUGUUUAGAAUCAAUUGUUUUAAAGAAUAAAGAGUUAAAAUGACUAAAUGAAUACAAACUAAAAAAUAAGUUUUGUAAAAAAAAAAAAAAAAUUGAUUACCCAUGCUUCUUGUUUUCAGUGCUUUGUUAUUGGAUGUUGAUUUACUCAAUGAGUGUUCAAGGUGUUUUCUGCUUAUAUAACAACUACACUGUUUGAAAAGAAAGUAUAUUUAAGUCUGUAUUUAUAUCUGAAAUUGAAGAAUGUGGAACAGGGUGGUUCACCCAGUCAUGUUGGAUUUGAAUGUAAAGAUUCUAAAAUGAGAUCGGGUAAGAACUAUUCGCUCAGGACCACCAAAUAUGAAAACUUUUUAUUUUAAUGCCGGCUAUCUUCAUGCUUGUUCUGUAAAAAGUUAGUGAAACUAUAUCCAGUAACUGGUGUAGGACCAUACUGACAAACUCAAUGCUUAAAGAUUGACCUAUUCUAAGCUUUUAACUUUUCACAUUAUUGAAUUGUUCAUUUUUUUCAAGUAAUGGAAUUUGUUUUUAGACAUCUAAAGAUUAUUUCUAAGGUGUGUUGUGCAGAUUAAUCCAUGGUCAAGGAAUUGCAUUUUAAGACAGCUUCCCAAUUUUAAUAUGUUCUCUUCACAAUUUAUAUUUUACAGAUAGUCUAAAUGUAUAGAUGUUUUAACCUUGUUUUUCCUUGGUAGGCAGUGCAAGUCAAUAUUUAUUUUCACCUUGUAUUUUAUCUUCCAUGUUGGUUAUAGUUUAAUUGGAGAGCUUGUUAAGUACCAAUUCAGAAUAACCAAUGUAAAUCAAACUCAUGUUUUAUGUGAAAACAGAAAAUGCUCCACAGAAAUGUGGACAUCUAGUAACCAGACCAAUACAAUGUACCCAUAAACCACGUUCUUUUUAAGCAUGUUAAUUGGGGUUUUACGGACUAUAAGGGUUCCAUGAAUGCCUUGCAGUACAUCCUUGUUAUGUUGAGAGUGCGAGUCUGUUAUCACAAAAACUCUUAACUCCCAGUAGUCUAGUUAGUUGACAUUCUACUGUACGAGUGGCUAAGAUAACAUAUUCCAAAUGAUUGGGGGCUUAAAAAGGCAAUUUUCAGACUGUAUUCAUUGGUAUCCACUCAUUUUUUUUUUUUUUUUUUUUUUUUUUUUUUUUUUAGAAGUUCCCCAUGGCUGACAAGCAUAUGCAUUAUAUAUGAACAUAACUACAAUAGUUGGUUACCGACCUAAACUAAAGUUUGGUUUCAAAUUCGAACAAGGAAAUUCAGGCCUAGGUAACUACAUUUUGCAUCUCUCUGUAUCAAACUUGUUUUUUGAAAGCCAUUUAAAUAAUGAAUCGGUCAAAGAAUUUAACCACCUAAAUAUAUACACCAAGAAAUAACAUUUUUAUGGCAGAAUACACUACAUUCUUAAAAACGUGUGGCAGUGAAAUAGUUCUAGUGAACACUACCUGGACCAGAACUUUAACAGGAUUGUAGAGUACCAACUGUAAAGCCAGUAUCGCAUAUUUUAAUCUGGAAACCAAAGUCACAUGACCACAAUUUGGCAGCCAUGUCAAAGUUAAGGGUGCAAGUACAUUUAGUGUAAGGUGUUCCCCUACCACUGAAUAACAGUUUAUGAAAUGCUGGCAGGUGUAGGUGAGGCAGUGGAUUUGCAAAUAAAUUCAAGCUAAUCUAAUGAUGAAGAAUUAUUAUGGGAAAGGAGUUACAAGUUGUUCUUUUCCACAAAUACAGUUCUUUCCUGGUAAGAAAAAUAUGCUUCAAAUAGCCAGAAUGUUGUCACCCUGAAAUCCUUUAACAAUUAGAAACCACUAUGCUCAGUUUGUUGUGCUCUUUCUGAUGUGUGGAUAAAUUGGCCAGAAAAUCUUAAGUUUAUUAUAAAAACUGUGCCAGUUUCAUUCUCCCACCAUUAUGAAGCUAUUUAUACAUUUUCAGAUCGGUGAUCAUAAGUUGUAAGCCUACCAAGAGUAACAUAGAAACAGAUAUCAAAACAAACCUGCACGAAGAUACACUUGCAAAUGUUGAAAGUGCCAGCUGCAGCACUUUUUUUUUUUUUUUUUUUACCUAAAACCCAAAUAACAUAUUAAGCCAACUUCACAUUAUUCUUUUUCAAGGAGACCCAUUUUAUUUUGUUCUGUACAUACAUGAACACCUGUACAAAAUAUGACAUUUUCAUACUAUGUAAUGCUCUACCUAAAUAAAGUACAACAUAUGUACAUAUAUGAGCUGGAAAGUAGUUUAACAUUAGUGUCAGAAUUGAAGGGAAAGGGUAAGGAGGGAGAUGGGGAAAAUAACAUUUCUUCUCUAAUAAGCCUCUAAUUCAUCUAAGGCUGCUGGAGAAAAUGAACACCCAGUACACUCACAGCACGCUGUAUACCUCAAGCUGGGAGCAAGGGUUUCUCAGCCUGGCAGGAAUGUUCCAACUAUUUAAAAGGGAUCCUUAUCUAUGGGAAGGCUCACAAAUAAACAUUUGAGAUAAUGUUUCCCAGUAUCUUGGAAAUGAUAGUUGUAAAUGCAAACUGAGCUCAUUUUAGACUCAGGCCCCCAAAGGAACAAACAUUCAAAAGAUAUACCAGUACAGGACUAAGCUGCAUAGAACAUAAUCUCUUACACAAAUCCAAUGGUUAUACAAAUAUUAAAGAAUUUAACUUAAUUAUUCAGGAUAUCUGCUGACUAUCAGGCAGGAAAAAUAUUUUAAUCAAUAAUAAAAACCAAAUUUGAAAGCCACAUUUCACACUACCAUUUAUAAAAACAUGAACUUAAAAAGAAAAAAAAAACUGCAUAAGCUAUGAAAGUAUUUAGUGUUUUAGAAGAGGGCUUUGGAUUGCAUAGAAGCUGCCUAUAUUAUUGUUAAACUGUUGACUCGUGUAGUUUGACAUAUUUGAAAAAGUUUUUGUUUUUCAUUAUGUCAUGGAGUCAAGGGGACUCUAGAUUUACAAAAACAAAAACUAGUACAUUAAAAGUACUUUAGCUAACAGAGCAAUUCCCACAUUCUGAGGUAAAGUAUUUAGUGUGGCUUGGUCCAUAAGGAAUGAAUACAAUAAAAAUCUAAAUACAUCUGCACUUUAUGGGUCUGUGCAAUAGCUUAAAAUGUGAAUAUCUGCUCUUGCUUCUUAAAACGCUAAACUAGCACUACCCACAGCAGUACUACUUCCCUGGGUGUCUGUGACAAUCACUUAACCAGCAGCCCCUCCUUUGGAAUGAUUAGAAACUGAAUGAUAGAGAAGGUCAAAUACCACACCUCGUAACUGAAAAUUGAAAUCGUGCAGCAGGGCAGAGGUGUUGUUGACAAAGCCAAGAGAAAGGGAGGAUAGGGGACAGGUUUGCAACCCUAAGCAACACACAUUACAAUAUACAGUACACAAAUAUCUGCAACACUUUACUGCAGGCAUUCUCCCCCUCCCCUCCCCUAUAACAGCCUAAAUAAGAAGCAAGUCUUGUUUCUUACUACCUCCCUAUCCCCCAUAAGGAUUGUAGAGCACUGUCCCGCACACCUGAUGCAUGAUGGUUGUUUUUCCGUUGGAUUUUUUUUAAUAUAUUGCUUAGGCGCUUUUUUCUUGUUUGUUUAUCUACACAAGACAUAAUCUAGGGCAGAGACUAAGAGAAUAAAAACAAGCAAAUAUACAGAAAAAAGGAUUUUCUAUCUGCAAUAUUCUUUUUUUUUUUUUUUUUUUUUUUUUU